AUGCGGGACAUGCUGGAGAGGCUGCAGACCAUCAGUGAGGACCACGAGGACGAGGAAUCAGAGUUCUAUGGGCCUGAGUAUGACGUAGAUAAGGUGACUCUGUCUCAACAGGCAGUCAUCUUUGAGAACUCCACAGCUAUUGAUGAGGUCCUGAAGGAGGCCCAGUCCAUACGCAAGGAGAUCUCCUUGCUCCAGUUGGAGGUGGAGCGCAUGUGCAUGCAAAACGAACGCUUCGGCACCUCUGUGCGCCGCCUCACCCUUCUUAAAAAGGACUGCGACUCCAUCGCCAGAGGGAUCCAGCAGCGUGCCGAGGCUCUGUAUGGCCGCCUGCAGGACCUGGGGAAGACAUGCAGCCGCCUGGAGGAGACAGAAGGUCCCAACUCUGCUGUUAGUCGCAUCGCCCGUGCUCAGCACAACACGCUGAACCACGCCUUCCACGCCGCCAUGAGUGACUACAGCAAAGUCGAGGAGAAGCAGAAGAACACAUGCAGGAGGAGGAUCCAGAGGCAGGCGUCCAUAAUGGGGACAGACAUCAGCGACGAGCAGCUGGAUGUGCUGGUGGACAAAGGCGGUGAGGGCUGGACCGAGCUGUCCCAGAGCCUUCAGCCACAAGCUGCUCGCACAUCCCGCUGGGCCUUGUGUGAGAUCAAAGGCAGACACAAGGAGCUGGUGGAGCUGGAGGCCCGGCUGAAGGAGGUCCACGAGCUGUUCCUGCAGAUGGCCAUGCUGGUGGAGGAGCAGGGAUCCAUUCUCAACAACAUCGAGGUUCACGUGUCUCGCACUCAGGAACACGCUGAAAGAAUCAAUGUUCACAUCAAGAAGGCCAUCCAGUACAAGAAGAAGAACCCCUUCCUGCAGUGCUGCCCCUGCCUGCCCUGCUGGAGAAACAACUGAAGCUUUUAGGAGUUCGUUUGACAUUCUGCAGUUUUAUAGAUGAUUAAAAUGUAAAUAAAGUCUUCAUCAUGUACAGUAAAAAGAUCUGAAACUGAGCUGACAGAUAAUGUGCAAUAUGCUGAACUUAUAGUCAACGCUGCAGAAACACUCGUAGCACAACGUCUGAUAGAAACCUGUGUGUGUGUGUGUGUCUGUGUGUGUGUGUGUGUUACAAUCUGUUUACAUUUUAAUGGUUCACUGACACACAAUAAACGCUCUUGUAGUAAAUUUAAAUCCGUUUGUCAUCAUUCGGUGAACGUCAGCUGAGCUCCUGUGAAGGCGGGUCCUGUGUUCUGUAGAACUCUGAACGGGUCGGAGUCAUGAGAGCGGCGGGUCGAAGGUCACGAUGGAGUGAGAGACAAACUGCAGCUCGUGGUGAUAAAUCCUGAGACAUUGUGGGUAGACUGUGGGUAAGGUUUGAUGCAGGAGGUGAAUGCAUGGCCGGCAGAAGAAUGAGGAAAACCUGCUGGUUCCUCCACAUUAUUGUUUCAGUCUGACGGAGCGGACAGGAGACGUAUCAUCUGAUCCACUGAAAUCACUUCCUCGGUGUAGCUCAAGCAGCUUGUAGGGAGAUGUUGUGUCUGACUCUGUGAACCUGCUGGCAUCCUUCCUCCUCCAUGCUGGGGCGUUCUCUACACAGAAUGUCUGUACGCUAGCCCGAGCCUGUUGUGCACCAACAUUAGCUCACACAUCUUCUACUGACAGAUCUUCAGACAAGGAUAUUUGUCAUGUUGUAAGACCAGCGGUUCAGUGAACUGAGGUUCUGGUUUGGUUGCCACGAUCCAUUUUUUCAUAAUAAAGAAUAAAUAACAGAAUGACUGUG